UAUUUCUCUCCCUUAGCAAAACAGGAAAUAACCGAAUCGAUUACGUGUACUAUAUUAAACUGCAAAAUCCCAUUUUAUGAGUUGUUACAUUGAUUUCUGACAAAAAGCGAAAGGUAUGACAGGUAAACAGUAGCUGUACAGAUCAAGAUGCCAGGCCAUGAGUCGAAAACGCUGUCCGACGACUUUAUUGAGCGAGUGACGAAGGCUUUCAGACCAGAAUUCAUAGAGAAUGUGAACGACCCAACACUUCUUGUAGACUACCUGCAAUGUUUGGAAACAAUUGAUGAGGAAAUGGUGAAAGCUCAGCAGACACAAUAUGGUGCAACGCAUGCUGCCAGCGUCCUGUUUGAUCAUCUUAUUAGAAGACCGGAGUGGAUAGAAGAUUUGAAUAGAGCUUUAAGAGAACCGGGCAUUGGGCUUGGCUUCCUUGCUGAUAAGCUGGAGAACUUUGAACUUACCAUAUCUGGCCGUUGGGAUAUAUGCAUGUUCACUGAUGAAUACGGGAAAGCUUGUUUCAAUGGCAACUGCUCAGACACAGACUUAGUUGAUGGCAAAGAUCCAGAUUCGCUGUUUAACAAAUUGGUCGGUGGUAAUUCAGGAAACGAUGAGACAACUAAAUCUGCUCCCGUACAAACUGACCAUGAACAAUCUCCUAUGGAAAUAACAACCCCCGAAACCACCGUGAAUCUUGGUAUUGAUGACGUGAAAGAAGCAUUACGUAUGAAAAGAGAAGAAAUUCGCCUUAAAUUUAUGGAAAAAGUAUACUCGUUUGUACAACUUCCCGAAGACGUGCCUGUUGCAAUACAUUAUAUGGAGAAAAUAAAUGUACAGCUUGAUAAGAUCGACCGCGGUAGCGUCAUCUUCAGUAUCUACGUAGGCUCUUUCGAUGCGCUGCAAACCUUCGAACAGCUGUGGAGAUACGGGGGCCUGAAAAAAAUGCUUGACAAAGAGAUGCUUAAUCAGGACAUGUUGAAGGAGCUGAAGGCGGUCGCUGUAAAGGCCGGUCAUCCAGUUGACAAUAUUCAGUCACAACUUGAAGUUUUUGACACAGAUAUAGAGCGAUGCAGAUCUGCACUAAUAAAGUCAAACUUUGGUUUCCGUCCAACGAAUUUUGCUGACAGCUAUUUACUACAAGAUAAAAGCAGAGGUAAGGAAAGAAAGUUAAGAGAAAUUACAUUCUAUGCCACCGAACGCCUACCUGACGAAUUGAAAUGCAUGCUGGAGGACCCGUUUGUUUCGGAUAGAGUAGCACGAUUUUUUGAGUCAGAUUCAUUGAGGCAAAAGUUUAAAAAUGAAGAGGACGGAGAAUCUACUACUUCAUCAAUGUCUGUUGCUUGGCACUUUACUGAGUGGUUGAAUGAAGAAUUGGUAACUUACCUAACAGACCUCGAUCCUGAUACAAAGCAGCAUCUGUUGACGCUAGCUGUUUACCUCAUCCAUGCGAUUGGACAUGAUGGCACUUUAGCGAUUCCACAUGAAGCAUUGUCCGAAAACUUCAAAAUAGAAGAGGUGAAGACGACAUUUCCUACUGUAUCAGUUGACAGCGGCUGUUGGCUUGAUAUGAUUAAGAUCCCAAGUGAAGUGAUUGUUGACAGUGGAACAUUAUUAACAGCUUGCAAAGAACUGAUGGCAAAGAGGGUUAUGUGUCGAAGUAAAAACCAUCUGAUUUGUCUCAGUGAAUUAAUUAAAGAUGCAUUUGUGGCAAAGGUAGUUUUGUGCAGUAACUGCAAAGGAAGUAUAAAGGUCAUCGCUGGCUCCUUCGAGUACAUGCAGACGUUGAUAGGACUUUUUGAAGGGAAGGUUCGAAGUUAUUUCAGCGACCAAGAUAUGGGAGAAGUUGCCACUUGUUCUUUUAAAACAGAUGAACUGAGGAAAAUAGGUAUUCAUGGAACACAUACGCUAACUAUUGGUUCAGAAAGCAGCUUUUAUAACACAGAUCUUUUUUCUUGCCGGCCUGGUACAGUUGAGCUCACAAAGGAAAUUUCAGAUGCCGGGGAAACAAUAAAGAGGCGUUUAAAGGCAAAUCUACAAACCAAAAACAUAUGUUUUGAUAUUUCGGAAGUUACGGACGAGGAGUCUUUCUCUGUAGAAACAGGAUUGCACUGGCUUAAUGCCUUAACAAGGAAACAGUCUGGACAAGAAUCUUUUCUUGGUAUGGGAUCAGUUUGGAGACAGUCAGAUUUUGUCAGAAGUAUUUCAGUGAGCAAUUCAUUCGUAAAUGGUAAAACCCUGAACAGUAUCGGCAUGUAUCUCAAUGUUACUCCAUCCUUAUCAAGCAUGAGUUUGAGACACUGUCAACUGAAGAGCAACCUUCUCAGAAAUGUGUUACAAUCUGGACACUUCAGAAAUAUCAGACAUGUCAAUAUUUCAGACAAUGAUAUCUUCCAAGGAAGCUCUCAGCCGAUAGGAUUGAUGUAUAUAACAUCACUAGAAAGACUUGAAAUUCAGAGUUGCCACCUGGGUGAUGACGGAAUGAAACUUUUGGCUGUUGAUUUACAUCAUAUGCAGAAAUUGAGAGAAUUGAACAUAGCAAACAACAGAAUAACUUCUCGAGGACUUCUGGCACUGACAAAAGCUCUGAGCAAAAAUAGACGGAUAUCCGGUCUUCGUAUCCAUAAAAACUACAUUGGAAAAGAAGGUAGCCUAAUACUUGCAAGUUGGCUGGAAUCAAUGAUCCUUCUAGAGGUGUUGAACAUCAGCGAAUGUGGAAUCGGAGACAAGGGGAGUACGAUGAUUGCCAGUGCACUUGUUAGCAGGUCUUUGAGGAAGCUUUCUAUGCGAAAGAAUGACAUAACUCCAAAGGGAUCUCGUGACUUUUUUAAGACGUUUCAUCGACCGCCAUAUCUGGAACAUUUGGAUUUCAGUGAAAAUGCAUUAUUUGCAGUUUCAGAUAGGAGAACCAUCGCCGUGGCUGCAGACCUGUUUCCGACUGCUUCAAAGGAACCGUUCUUGAAAUUUCUUCAAGAUCCAACACCAAUGAGUCAUUUGUCUCUGUGGAAUACCUGUUUAGGUGAAAAACGCCUUUUUCAGGGUUGGCAGAACUACAAAUGUUUUGCAGACAUGACAUACCUGUGUCUGCAAGAAAAUAAUCUUUCAGAUGAUUUUGCAAGAGAUAUAUCGGAAUGCAUCAUACAGUCAAACUGCUCCAAUCUUCAACAUUUCAAUCUGCGCCAAAAUCAUAUUGGGAACAUGGGAGCGAUAGAUAUAGCGAAGGCGUUGUCAAAACAGAUGUAUCUCAAAGAAGUUCUGUUGGACAGAAAUGAAAUAGGAGAUGAGGGAGCGAAGCAGAUAAUGGGCAGUUGCAUUUCUUUACCAUCUGUUGAGCGCAUUGACUUGUCUUGCAACAACAUCUCAAGACAAAUGAUGGACAGUAUCGUGAAUGACUUAUACCAGAUCCAUAGCACACACACAUACGACGGCGUACCAAUCUCUGAAGAUACGCAACGUGUUAUUCCUGAUAUUGUAAAGAUACCAAGUUCCUUUGAUGAAAAUAGUUUCAUCGUUAAAAAAGAUUAUGAUAAAUAUUUGAUCACUAUGUAAAGACUGUCAAGUAUUUGAUCAGCCUGGACGAACGAAUGUAUGACGAAAGUACUGACGAUGUUCCCAAAUAUAACGAUAACGUAGUCGGUUUCGCCCUGGGGUUACAUGAGAUAUUUUAGCCAUACUUUUUGAGAAACAUUGAACUCUGUGUCUGAUAAAGAGUUCUGCAGCAAUACAUGAAAAUUAUACGUCUUUAUAAACAAAGAUUGCCAAAUGUUACAUCGGCGUAUUCCUCGUCUCCUCGACGAAAUAGGUUUCUUUUGUAGAACGAAAACCAAUAGGUUCAAGAAUAUUUUCACAUAUUAAGAGCUUUUGAUUUGUUUCAUAGAAUUAUGUUCUUAAAUCAUAUUCUAAAAUGUUUACUCACAUAUUUUGAUUUUAUGUAAUGUAUUUUGUUUGUUAAAUGUUCUGUGUUUAAAAUGAUUAUACAUUUCGAUGUCAAAGACACGGCAGGCAUAAAACAUUUAGACAGUCCGUUCGUCAGAUAGUCGAUACGGAGUACUUUUUGUCCUUAGAAUAUGGACAUGUCUAUUUUUUUAAGUAUAAAUACUUCAGGUAUGUAGAGCGGUUAACUAAUUUAUCAUGCCGUUUAAGUUUACUUUAAAAGAAAGAGUUUUUUUUGUCCAAAAUUUACUUUCCUUUGUAAUUUACAUAUGUUAUCACUUCAGUGGUCGUACACUUGAAGUAGGAAAAACCCUUUGCAAAUGCUUAGAGAACUAAUGUCAUGUACAGACGAUGUAAUCAAUUAUUUAUCUUUAUCACAUGUUUGACGCAUGGGAGAGAAAUAAAGCCGUUACAUAAAUUUGAUAUUACACUUUUACUGAAGUCGUUUUAAGGAUGAAGGAUACUAAGAAUGUUUUCAUAAACUUUGAGCUUCUAAGACAUGUAAGAGAAAAAAUGCAAAGUUCAUCGCACUCGGGUUUUUCUUAGGAGAGAAUUUCCUCAUUCCACUGUUCAGGUAUUUCUGAAAUAAACGGGGUUACAUUAUAAAACGCAUAAUAUCCAACUUCAUGUUAUAGAAAUUUCAGGUGUUAAAGGUUACUAUGGAUGCAUCUUGAUAUCAGUACAAUGUGCCAUGAUAAGCAAAAAUGUUACAGACAGAACACUUUUAUGUUUACUUGUUGACAUAAUUAUCUUAACUGUCCACAUUUUAUUUCAGUUCAGAUCUGUAAAAAUAUUUGAUGUUAAGAUUUUAGAAAAAUAUUAUGCUGCUGUAAUGACACACAAAAUGCUUUAAAAUGAGGAGAAAAAGGUUGGGGGUCAUCGUGCAUCUAAUAGAUAUAUUUAGACAAAAAUGUUGUAGUUUGAUAUUUUUGACAUUUUGUUUUAAAAUUAGAUUCUCUUGCAUCAGAUAAAGGCAAAUACCGAUAAAAAGUAAGUGUGAAUUGUUUGUUCGAAACAAGUAGAAUGUUUGGAUAAAUGGAGUAAUAUUAUCCAUGUUUUGUUGAUUUAGCAUUUAUUUUCAGCAUAGAUUUUGUUAGGAAUAAAUAUUUAAAGAAACAGUUUUCAAAAUGGCGGACAUCCUGAAAGAAACGUUCGUACAUCCUUAAGAAUAGAAAACGUUUGUUGAAUUGACUUGUUCUAUAGUAGGUAAUGGAAGUAGAAAUUCUGAUGUUUCAGCAGGAAAUGCUUACAUGUGAUAAAAAAGAAUAUUUCAUUUGUGUUUUAUAUAUAAUAACAGAUCUACAUAGACAAUAAAAUAUAAUUGAUACAAUUAAACAGAGUAGAAAAAAUGUAUGUAAAUGGAAUAUCUGUUCACGUUUAGACUGUGUUUUUUAAUAUUAUUUGCAAGAUCUUACACAUUUCAACUCUUUGUAUUUUAUAGUUAGUUUCAACUCCUGUUAAAAUCAAUUUUAGAUUAGUUGAAUACGAAAUUACUUGUAAAGGGAUGUUCAAUAAAUAUCCGAAAAUAAUUAUCUAAUUUCUACACAUUACUUAAAUCUAUGCUGUAGAUAAUGAAGAUUUUCUUGAUCUGUAGAAAUAUAUUUUCAUGUCAAAUAAAAAUAAAUUGUAAUCAGAUGAA